AUGGCGACCUCCCUAGCCGCCCAGCUCGCGCAAAUCGCCGCCAGCUCCAAGUCGUCUCUCAACGUCAAGGCGCAAAAGGCGUCCCACUCCAAGUCUCUCAUCUUCGAGCCCCGCGUCGCCGCCACCCAGAGCUUCCAGGCUCUCUACAAAAUAUGCCUCGAGGGCUUCGACGAGCUGUGCCAGCUCGACCCGCGCUUCCGCCCCUUUGCCCUGACCCUCUUCAGCGAGCAGAGCCAGAGCGAGGACAGGACCCAGAUGACGGCUGGCGAGAAUGCAGAGCUCGACGCCAAGAUUGACGCCUUCCUGCGCCUCGCCGGCAGCCGCCUGCGUCUGAUGCCUGCGAUCAAGGCCAUCGAGUGGCUCAUCAGGCGGUUCCAGAUCCACGAGGACAACACGAAAGCCCUGCUGACGACCUUCCUCCCCUACCACUCCAUACCCGCCUUUGUCACCCUGCUGUCCAUUCUCCCCGCCAAGAUACCCGCCGAAUACCGCUUCCUGCACCCCUACAUUCGCUCCCUGACGAGCCCGCCCCGGUCCGUAAUCGUCCACAAGGGCAUCCAAAAGUCCGACUUCCUCUCAACCCUCUCCGAAUACACCCUCGAGGCCUGCCGCCACCAGCAGCAGUACCCCACCCUCGUCUCCUUCUGGGGCGGCCUCAUGACCGAGGCCGUCAACGGCCUGCUCGAGAACGCCCGCUCCCAUGCAGAUCGCCACCUACAUGGCCAUCUCCGUCUUUGCCGCCAAGGCCACUUCGACGACGGCGUUCUGUCCGCCUUUAUGGAGCAGAUUGUCCACGGCUGGAGCCACGAGACGGCCCGCCCCGGCCUCGUCUGCCUCUCCAUCCUCGCCCAGCACCGCUCCGCCAAGCAAAUGUCCGGCAAGGUCACAAAGGCCCUCAUGAAGGUCCCCGACCUUGGUGCCGUCCUCGUCGACAUUGGCCGCCAGCAGAGGGCCGACAAGCUGACCAACGGCCUCUGCAUCGCUCUCGUCGAGCGCCUCUGCAAAAAGGGCGACGACCGCGGCCUGCCCGUCAUCCGCGCCGUCCUCACCGGCCAGGUCCUGCAGGAGAAGCAGAUUGCCGUCGUCUUCAAGUCCCUCGUCCUCGCGGCCCACCGCCUCAACGACGAGAUCGACCCCGACGGCCAGGUCCGCAAGGAGCUCGGCUCGACCCUGAUCGACCUCUCCCGCCACACGGGCGACUCGAGCGACAUCAUCCAGAGCGUCAUCCAGGAGGGCGACCUCGAUGUCGAGGCGCUCGAGAUGAAGCUCGACGUCUCCAUACGGCAGCAAAAGGUGCUGCAGGCACCAGAGGAUGUCGACAUGACGGGCACCAGGCCCGCCAGGGCCCCGAAGCUCGACCUCCACGCCGCCCUCGAGCGCCACGCCGCCGCGCAGGAGGCCGCCCCUCCUCUGCCCUCGUGCCUCUCCGCCAGCCCCGGCGACGUGUACGACGAGUUCGGCCAGCUGUUCCUCCAGAUCGUGGCGCAGAGCUCCGAGGAGCCCGCCCUCCUGACCACCUUUACCCAACUCCCGACCCUCCACCGCCAAGAGGCGGCCACGGAUUGCACCUACGCCGCCUUUUUCAUCCGCAUCUGGUGCGGCCCCUACCCCACGCUGGCUCGUGCCGCGGCUCUGGACGCCGUCAAGCAGGGCUUCCAAGCCGGCAACGCCGCCAACACGGACUUCCAGGCCAUCAUUCCCUUUUGCCUCGUGGCCCUACUCGACUCGUCGAGAAAGGUGCGCCGCGCCGCUGCUGAUCUCCUCAUCCAGGUCAAGGCCAUGUCCCCCGCCGCCCCCGCCAAGGGCAAGAAGCCGCGGGCCUGGGGAGGCAACGGCCUCUACCCGGACGGCGUCAAGGUCCAGGCCAUGGAGCCCGAAGUCGUCUCGAAGCUGCUCAACGACGUCCUGCUGCCGAGCCUCGAGGAGUGCAUCAUGCACGAGGACUUUAUCAGCACCCUCCUCCACGCCAGCCUCGACAGCAGCGCCAAGAAGGCGGACGACAAGAAGGCGCUGUCGCAGUCGACGAGGCAGUCCAUCUUCGCGUCCCUCGCGAGCCACGUCGUCGCGUCGCCCCUGCUCAGGGUCAAGUCCAGCCUCCUCGCGCUGCUCAACCAGAUCAAGGGCGUGUCGUCCGUGUCGAGGACCAAGGUCCUGCUGCCGGCGUUCCGCUGGUGGGCCGCCCUCACUGCCGACGAGGCGACGGUGCUGUGCCAGAACGAGCAGGUCGACCCCUUUGCGCUCCACCGGCGGUUUGCCGAGACGGUCGUGGCCAACGACCAGGGCGGCCUCGAAUUCCUGUUGUCCAUCAUCCAGGACCCGGCCUCUGAGCGCCGCCCGGAGCUGGUGCGGUCGAACUUUGCCCGCCUGCGCGCCAUGUGGGCCGCCAUGAAGUCGGACACCAAGUCGGACGUCUCGCGCACCAUGCUCGACAUUUACCAGAACCGCCGCAACACGGGCGACGAGCAGCAGCAGCGCGAGCAGCAGCAGCAGCAGCAGCAGAGUGUGGUCGCCGACGAGGCGGCCGAUCUCCUCAAGAACGUCGACCUGACGACGGACAUUCUCGCGCACGCGCUGUCUGCCAUCCAGGCGCAGACGCGCGCCGUCACCGAGGCGCCGCCGAACAAGCGCCGCAGGACCAGCACCGAGGCGAACCGCGGCUCGCAGGUCUACACGCCGGCCGAGCUCAACAAGACGCUGCGCGACGUCACCUUUGUGCUGCAGCUCGUCGAGGGCUCCGACCCCAAGGCGCACCCCGAGCUGCUGCACAGCCUCUUCGACACGCUCUCGGAGCUGCAGCGCUUCGGCGUCGUCGUCGGCUCCGAGCUGGGCUACCUGCAGAACCUCGUGCUCACGAGCCUCAUCGCCAUGGUGCCUGCCUACAAGACGGACAAGAAGCUCAAGAUUGACAGCUCGGGCGGCCACGGCGACCUCUUGGCCAACUGCCUGCAAAAGUCCACGAGUCCCAUUGUGCAGAACUCGGCCCUGCUCCUCAUUGCCAGCCUGGCGACGGCGGCGCCCGACGUUGUGCUGCACAGCAUCAUGCCCAUCUUCACCUUUAUGGGCGCCUCGGUCCUGCGCCAGAACGACGACUACUCGGCCCAUGUCGUCAACCAGACGAUCAAGGAGGUCGUGCCCCCGCUCAUGGAGUCGCUGAAGAAGGGCAAGAGGAACCCCAUCGCCGGCGCGACGGAGCUCCUCGUCAGCUUUGUCACGGCCUACGAGCACAUUCCCUCGCACCGCAAGCAGGAUCUCUUCGUCUCGCUCGUCGACACGCUCGGCCCCGAGGAGUUCCUGUUCGCGCUCCUCGCCAUGCUCGUCGACAAGUACGGCUCCGGCCCGAGCAUCGCGUCCUUCGCCGCCGACCUGCUGGCCGUCUACAACGCCGAGGUGCAGCUGCACACGCUCGCCAAGCUCCUCGAUCUCAUCAGCGACAUCUUCAAGCCGCGACCGGCGCUGUCGGCUACGCUCCUGGGCGUCGGGGACGAGCUGGCCGAGCGAGACGUCAACACGGUGGCUCUCCAGCAGCUCUCCGUGUUCCCCUCGCUGCUGUCGGGCCGCAAGCUGCGCAAGGAGAUUGGUAUUCUGACGGAGCGUGACGACAUGGAGACGUCCAAGAUGCGGGAACUGUACGCGACGCUGCUCAAGGACACGCUGGCGCUGGCCGAGACGGUCAAGCCCACGCGGGCACUGCACGAGUGCUGCGGCUCGGCGCUGGCGAACCUGCUCAACCUCUUGUCGAUUGGCGAGUUCAUCAAGGCUGUGGAGAACCUCAUGGACAAGACGGAGAUUGACCUGCGGCGCAAGGUGCUGCGGGCGCUCGAGGUGCGCGUCGAGCAGGAGGGCACGGCGGACGCGACAUCACGGGCGGCGCUGCUGGGCUUCCUGCCGCAGCUGACGGCGGCCAUUCGCGACACGGACGAUCUCAAGUACAAGCACACGGCGGUGGCGUGCGUGGACAAGAUUGCAGAGAAGUACGGCAAGAAGGACCUCGAGGCGGUGGCGGCGGCGGCGGCGACGAUUGCCGGGCCCUCGUGCCUCGGCCAGCCGGACACGCAACUGCGCGUCAUGGCGCUGCUCUGCCUGGCGUCCCUCGUGGACGUGCUCCAGGACGGCAUCCUGCCGGUGCUCGCACUGGCGGUUCCGCAGGCAAUUCUGUACAUUCGCCAGAGCCUCGAGGCGGAGGAUGGCGACGAGCAGAGCAGCGACUUGCACAACGCGGGCUAUUCGUUCAUGACGGCGCUGGCACAGCAUCUGCCGUACAUGGUGACGGGGGCCUAUCUCGAUCAAGUGCUCCUGGCAUCCAACGCGUCGGCGGAAGCGGACCUCGACGACGAUGCCAGCGACAGCCGGCUCAACUGCGUCCGCUUCCUGGCGCGCAAGGUGGAGCCCAAGGUUUUCUUCGCGGGUCUCGAGCGCAACUGGGAGGCGGCGCUCGCGGCUGGAAACGAGGCCAUCAGCGAAUACGUCGACGUGCUGGGCGUGGCUGUCGAGAGCCACCCCAAGUCGGUGAUCGCCAAGAACGUCACGGUGCUCUCGACGAUUCUCCUCAAGACGCUCGACCUCCGACGACAGCAGCUGGCCAAGGAAGCGGCGACACAGAGCCAGCUCGAGGCGCUCUCGGCAUUGGAGGAUGCCGUCAACGACGUGGCGAUCAAGAUGGUGUACAAGCUCAACGACGCGGCGUUCCGACCCAUCUUCACGCAGGUGGUGGAGUGGUCGGGCCAGGUGAGCAAGUCAGACAAGGCAGGACGCACGAGGCGGCGGCACAGCGUGUACGGGUUCCUGCAGGUCUUUUUCGAGAAGCUGCGUUCGAUCGUGACGAGCUACUCGACGUACAUUGUCGAGGACGCCGUGGCGAUCCUGCAGGGGGCGGACUUGGCGGACGGCGAGCAGAGGCAGCUGUGGUCGCGGGUGCUCGGCACGCUGGCUCAGUCGUUUGAGCACGACCAGGACGACUUUUGGCAGGCGCCGGCGCACUUUGGCGGCGUCGCGGGGGUGCUCACGGGCCAGCUCACGCGGGCCGGCGGUUCCGACAAGCUGGAUGUCGGGGCACACCUCAUCCCGGCCCUCAUCGAGCUCGCGAGCGCGGCGGACUCGGCGGACCACCAGAAGGAGCUCAACACGGCGGUGCUCAAGCACCUGCGGGACGAGCGGGCCGGCGUCAGGCUGGCGGCGGUCAAGUGCCAGCAGGCGCUCACGGACAAGCUGGGCGAGGAGUGGUUGUCGGCGCUGCCAGAGAUGCUGCCGUACAUCAGCGAGCUCCAGGACGACGACGACGAGGCUGUAGAGAGGGAGACGCACCGGUGGAUUGUCAAGAUUGAGGGUGUGCUGGGUGAGAGUCUCGACUCGAUGCUGCAGUAA